AUGUCGGCCGCCGACAAAUCCCUAGUACCGGAAACGGUUGCCUUUGCCGAACGUCGCCUUCGCGAUGGGUCGAUGCUCAAAUAUAAAUUGACUGUUCUCCAACAGCCAGAGCGUGCUCGAGCCUGUGGCCAGGGUGCCAAAUCCCACGCCGAUAGACGACCUGUGGACCCUCCUCCAGUUGUGGAACUGAAAUUGUUCCAAGGCGAGGAUAACACUGAUGUGACAUUCUCCUUUAAUUCAAACUUCUUCCUUUUCGCCACGUUGGAGAGUGCCCGUCCGAUCGCCAAUGGCCGGGUUCAACCACCCCCUGCCCUUCAACCAGUCUUAACUGGUGUUCCCGUCUCAGGAAUGGCAUAUCUUGAUAGACCGGCGCCGGCAGGAUACUUUAUCUUCCCGGACCUUUCGGUUCGGCAUGAGGGCAAGUAUCGCCUCCACUUCGCGCUUUAUGAAGAAUGCAAAGAAGAGGACGAUCGCAUCGCCAUGAACGGCCAGGAUGUUACCCACUUCAGAGUUGAAGUCAAGUCCAAACCAUUUACGGUUUUCUCUGCAAAGAAGUUCCCUGGCCUUGCUGAGAGCACAUCGCUCUCGCGUAUUGUUGCCGAACAGGGUUGCCGUGUUCGAAUUCGCCGUGAUGUUCGUAUGAGGAGGCGCUCCGACAAGCCAGGCGGGGAUGAUAUGUACGAAGAUGGUGGGCAUUAUGUUCGCAACCAAAGGAGGGAAACUCCCGAGAUUCCUCGCGCCUACCCCCCACAACCUCCCUCGGAAUCUAUACCUCCCUUGGAGGUCCCACAUCGUUCUUCCGCCGCGACACCGAAUGGUCAGGCUGAUAAGAGGACUCGAAGCGACUCGGAUGUCUCGACAGCUUCUCGCCCCGAUUACAACAGAAUGAAUCCUGUAUAUCCUGAGAGAUCGAACUUCAACCAAUCAUCUGCUCCUCCACCACCUCCGCCUGCUCCGGCGCUGCCUGCUUCUGGAAACUAUCUUAAUUUUGGCGGUCAAGCGGUUCCGCAGGCUCCCAUGGUUGCACCUUCCAACCCACCACCAUCCCAGCCAUGGAACCAGGGCUACCAGGCUCAUGAUGUGAACUACCAGUCUUCCCAGGGACCCGAGCAUCGCCGCGAUUCCGUUGAUUAUAAUAGCAAUUACUAUCCCCAAUCGCAAUACCCCCAGAGAUCUCAAACUCCUGUCAGCGACCGCAGCUAUCCCUCAAGCUACACCCAAUCAACGCCUCAAUACAACCACCCCAACACAUAUCAGCAACCACCUCAGGCGCACACUCCUGCCCCUCAACCGAAGCCACAUCGUCAGACUCGUGAGGAUCUACCUCCGCUCAAACUUACUGCUCUCGAGCCGAGACUGCCAAGCCUGAAUUCGCCAUCGAGUGCGACCCCAAAUUCCGGGUACAUCCCCCCAAGAUCGUCAGCAUCGCAAGGUGCCCUGCCUUCUCCAACAUCUUAUGCUCCACAGUCCCAAGGUUCUUCUUACCAUUAUCCGCAAUCCACGGAAGGUUCACAUGGAUCAGUUCCACCCUCUCAGAAUGGUUGGGGCUAUUCCAUGAUCAAGCCAUCGGAGCCGGCACCGCGCCAUGCUGGUCAGAAGCGAACUUGGGAUCGCGUGUUCAACAGUGACCAACAUUCUCGUGAACGUCUUACCAAUGGCUCAAGACCGACACAGAACAACUACGGUCUUGAUGUUGAUGAGGAAGAUGACGAUGAGAUUGAUUUUACAAAGAUGAGGAUGAGCUACAGAAGAGCUGAUGGCGUACAGAUUACUCGGGCUCUUCCUGAUGAUAUCGAAUAA